AUGGCCGUCGGACAGAUCCUUCGCAGUGCCCCCGGUGGAAUUCUGAAGGUGCAGGAGCUCGUCGAAAGGUGCAAGGCGGUGGGAUCCUGCAAGAGACUGUACUGGAAGCGGUACUGGGUGCAGAAGUCCCACCUCUUCACUGUUAAAGGGGGAAAGGUCGCUGGAAAGGUCGCUUUUGCGCCUCCUCUUCCGGUCAUCUAUGAGGGCCAGGAGGUUCUGCCAGAAGGCUGGCGCGAGCGGUUUCCUAGUGAAGGCUUUGCUUUGGCAUCCGUCUCUGCACCAGUGAGCAAAGUGGACAUGCACAUUGGAUGGAUCCUGAAACGAGCUGGUGGCCAGCUUGACCGGAUGACGGUUAGAGACCACCUGAAUAGAGACCUCCUGGCCGAACAUCUGAAAGGUGGAGGUACAAGCACGUCAUUCAAGAUGCAGAAUGUCAAGCCGAAGGAUUUAUUGCUGAAGCCCCACCUGUUCGUCUACAGCAACAGGACAGAGAUCGUGUCUUUCGCGGUCCCGCCUCGCCUCGUUCGACCUCAGGACAGGUUAACUUCAAAAAAGAAACGAAAACAGUGGAAUUCAGAAUGCAGCAGACUUUUUGUGCAUAUUUGCAUGCUUUGGAGUUUCCCCAAGACGUUCUGUGUGUGA